AUGGCGAGCACCACGCUGAGCAUGAAGCUCCUCAUCGACACCAAGGCCCAGCGCGUGCUGUUCGCGGAGGCGAGCAAGGACGUGGUGGACUUCCUCUUCUCCCUACUCUCGCUGCCCGUCGGCACCGCCGUCAAGCUGCUGGGGAAGGAAGCCAUGGUCGGCUGCGUCGGCAACCUCUACGGCAGCGUCGAGAAGCUUGACAGCACCUACGUUCAGCCCGACGCGGCCAAGGACGCCCUCCUCCACCCCGCCGUGCUCUCGCCCGCGGCUGGCACCAAGAUGUUCCGCUUGACGGAGCCCUCUUCUGGGCAGUCCAAGGGAUUCUUCAAAUGCAGCUACAGCGGCUGCACCAGCUACGUGACCGACACCAGCGGCACCAUGUGCCAGUGCGGUCGCGGUUGCUCGAUGACCACGGCCAUGCACUUCAUCCCAGGCAAUGGCAAGGUGGCCGCCAGCGUCGGCACCAAGGGGUUCGUGCAGGGCAUCGUGACGUACACGGUGAUGGACGAUCUUGCCGUGACGCCCAUGUCCUCCAUCUCCAGCAUCACCCUGCUCAACACAUUCGCCGUCAAGGAUCUCAGCGCGCUCCAGGAGAAGACCGUGCAGCUCGGCUACGACGAGGGCCUGGAGAUCCUCAAGGCGUCGCUGCAGUCCAAGACCGUCCUCACCGACGUCUUCCUCAAGGCCCCCAGCAGCGCUUGAAGGCACAUCAGUCAUCAGAUCGGCAUGGAUGGAAAAGUGGCUCGAUGCCACGAUUCACGUAGGGUUAAGUUGGUUGGUUGGUCCUUUUGUAUGGACAUGUGCAAGGGCUAGUAGCUCCAUCCAUGUAGCUAAAUUAGCUUGGUGUUUUGUGUGAGCAUCAGAACUAUCUUACCG